AUUAUUAUUAUUAUUAUUGUUGUUGUUGUUGUUGUUGUUAUUAUUAAGCCCAUUAUCUUAUAGAGCUAUAAAUUUAAAAUGUCCAUUUUACUGCUUUGACUUAUUUCAGCACCACAUUAAUAUGAACAGCAACAGACUCAAAGACAACAAUCACUGUCACUGGAAAUCUAUGUUUUGGGUUUUAAAACUGCAAACUUUUAGUAUUCAGUUGGAUUAAUUGAAUUAAUUUAUUAAAUAAAUGAAUAAAUAAACACUGCCUUGAGACUGGCUUACGGACUGGUCUUCAGAGCCACCAUCGCAAUUUUAUCUUGCGUUUAUCUCUAGCAGAACCAUGUGGUCAUAUCUCUGAGGUGGCCCGGGUGUGUCCAUUGCUUGUUUCAUGUAUAAAAGUCCCCGUAGUUUGAGCUGAUCAGGAAAAGCGAAAAACAAAACAAAAACAGGCAACAUGACAUCCCUUUCCGAAAAGGACAAGAACAUAGUCCAAACUUUCUGGGCUAAAGUGGCUGGCAGGGAGGAGGACAUCGGUUGUGAUGCUGUCUCCAGUGUACCCCCAGACCAAGACUUACUUCUCCCACUGGAAGGACCUGCGCCCCGGCUCUGCCCCGGUGAGGAAGCACGGAGCAACCGUGAUGACUGCAGUUACUGAUGCUGUCAGCAAAAUUGAUGAUCUGAUCGGAGCUCUUCUGAGCCUCAGCGAACUGCACGCCUUCACUCUGAGAGUGGACCCUGCAAACUUCAAGGUUCUCUCUCACAACCUCCUUGUGGUCCUGUCCACCACAUUCCCCAACGACUUCACCCCCGAGGUCCACGUGGCUAUUGACAAGUUCCUGACUGCGGUGGCGCUUGCCCUGUCUGAAAAGUACCGAUAAAUUGCACUCUGACGGUCAACAACAUGGGCUUGGAUACUCCCAAACGGAUUUUUAAUGUAAAAACAAAUAAAUAAAUCUAAUACAGUACUGCUGUUAUCUGUGUGGUGAAGUGAAUUCAUUUAAAGUUGAUAUCAACUUUCAAUUUGGUGGCAAAUCUAAAAAAUAAAAACAAUAUACGUGUAAUAAAGGAGGGCUGAGAUGAAAGGCCAACAAAAUGUGCCAGAAUUUAUUAAAAGUCAAGAUGAGUGACCAAUAAGCUUUCAGCUGGCCACUAAAUAAAACUUAAUGUGCAAACACAGAAAGAGUGUUCAAAGUAAUAGCCUACCUUUCUAACCAUUAAAUGCGAGCUGCCACAGAGUAACGAUUUUAUUUGUUUCUACAGCUAUAAUGUUGUGCAAUAAAAGUAACAUCGCUAUAACUUUAUUGCAGGCUAGGAGGCUGCCGAUGUUUUGCAGAUCCCAGCACAAAUUAAUAUUCUGACGAUUAUAUUUUUAAAAAUAAUAUCAACAUUAAUUCUAUUCAUUCUAUAAAAUAGCUUUUUAGAUGCCUGUAUAUAUAUUGUUGCUGCAGCAAUUAUGCUUUAAAAUAACAUGGAAAAUCCAAUCCAAGAUAAACCCAGAACACAACACAGCAGCACAUGCUGUAGUUUGCUGAGAACAUCUUUAUUAUUGUUUAUGAUUCCUUUAUAAUUGUCCAGAGCAAUGCAAUAACCAACAAAAUUUGUAAAACAAAGAAAAAAAUGUGUACGUUCAAAUGAUUUAUAAAACCAAACGCUGCAAACUUUAUUUUCAUUAUAACCAUGGCCAGGGUCUCAUGCUCUUAUUAGUAAUUGACAGUUUAUUUGACCUCGAUCAGUUACAGCACAAUCUGAUUUACUAGAAGUUAUGCCUUUAAAAAAAACACCCCAGAAGAAGAUAGUAGUGAUGUGGGAUAAUGCAGAAUAAGGUAUCGAUCUGAUACCAAGUAAAUAAAGGCCCAGUUUUGCCCAUACCAAUACUGAUACUGAUACUUUAAAUCUAUAUAGGCAGUUUAUGUAGGGGAGAGCAGUGUAUCAGGAUUCAUGACAUGAGUCAUGUCAUACAGUUUACGAAUUCUUAACACAUUUUUAAUGUCGUUCUACACUAAUGAGUCGACACAACUUAUCUCACAAAGUUCAGUGGGCUACAUACUGAAUUUAGAGAAUACAAACCAAUUAUCGACCCUAUUGCACUGCAAUCGAUCCAAUACCAUGGUUGUUAUGGAUACCAUCAACUAGAAGACACAAUGGUGUUUUCCUUUUACAAGUAUCACCUUGCUCACAUUUGUCUGUGUGUGUUUGUGUUUGGAUGUAGUUGUAUUUCGUUUGUACAUCAGCUGUCUCACAGAACAGUAUAAAAGAACAGUGUGUAGGCCUAUAUAUUUUUCUAUAUAUGAACAAAGCUUACAAGACUCUCAAAGAGUUACUUUUAUUUACUAAUAUGACCAUAUAUUCUGAAAAAAAGGGAAAUAAAAUGAACAACUUGAGGUAUAUGCUUCAUAUAUCGCAUUUAUUAUCAGCAUUUUGAGUCACACUUUAAAAACAGUCCUCUGUAGCUCUCUAGUAGUACUGUUUUCUGAGGGAGGACACCAUUUAAAAAUUAAAAGAAUAGGCUCAUUUAUAGGUUGCACUACAAGAUACACCCACCAUUUAACUCGUGUGCUACACCCUGAUAUAAUUACAAAUGUUGGAAAAGGAAAAAACAACAAAGUGAAGAAUAUGCCCAUUGUUUUAUUUAUUUAAGCCUCCUUAGCAGCUCUCUAGUAGUACUGCUUUCUGAGGGAGGACACC